CCCCAGGCUUAAUGAUUGUCCAGAAGGUGCCUAUAAAGGGAGCCUGGGAGGCUGGGUGGAGGAGGGAGCAGAAAAAGCCCAACUCAGCAGAUCUGAGCACUUGAGAGCCUCAAUCAGGAGCCGUGGUCAGAGGCUCUGUGUCCCAGCAGUAGGGCCUGCUGUGUCCCGCCAUGGCGGCCCGAGGCUACGGCUAUCACCGCGCCGUGAUCUUCUCGGCCAUGUUCGGAGGCUACGGCCUCUACUACUUCAACCGCAAGACCUUCUCUUUCGUCAUGCCGGCGCUGCUGGAGGACGUCCCUCUGGACAAGGAUGACUUGGGGCUCAUCACUAGCAGCCAGUCAGCAGCCUACGCCAUCAGCAAGUUUGUGAGCGGGGUGCUGUCUGACCGGAUGAGUGCUCGCUGGCUUUUCUCUUCCGGGCUUCUCCUGGUUGGCCUGGUCAACGUAGUCUUUUCUUGGAGCUCCGCAGUACCCGUCUUUGCUGCUCUCUGGUUCCUCAAUGGCCUGGCACAGGGGCUGGGCUGGCCCCCAUGUGGCAAGGUCCUGCGGAAGUGGUUUGAGCCAUCUCAAUUUGGCACUUGGUGGGCCGUCCUAUCAACCAGCAUGAACCUGGCUGGAGGGCUGGGCCCCAUCCUGGCAACCAUCCUCGCGCAGAGCUAUAGCUGGCGCAGCACGCUGGCCCUGUCUGGGGCACUGUGUGUGGCUGUCUCCUUCCUCUGUCUCCUGCUCAUCCACAAUGAACCUGCUGAUGUUGGGCUCCGCAACCUGGACCCCACCCCCUCCAAGGGCAAGAAGGGCUCCCAGGAGGAGAGUACCUUACAGCAGCUGCUGCUGACCCCCUACCUGUGGGUGCUCUCCACUGGCUACCUUGUGGUGUUUGGAGUAAAGACGUGCUGUACUGACUGGGGCCAGUUCUUCCUUAUCCAGGAGAGAGGACAGUCAGCCCUCGUGGGCAGCUCCUACAUGAGUGCCCUGGAGGUUGGGGGCCUUGUAGGCAGCAUCGCAGCUGGCUACCUGUCAGACCGAGCCAUGGCCAAGGCACAGUUGUCCAUGUACGGGAGCCCCCGCCAUGGCUUGCUGCUGUUCAUGAUGGCUGGCAUGACAGCGUCCAUGUACCUCUUCCGGGUAACUGUGACCAGUGACUCCCCCAAGGAUGUUGCUUUCUGGACUCCGGCUCUUCACCCUCUCGCUGAGCUCACAGGCUUUACAGAGCAUGAGCUCUGGAUCCUGGUGUUGGGAGCUGUGUUUGGUUUCUCCUCUUAUGGUCCCAUUGCCUUGUUCGGAGUUAUAGCCAAUGAGAGUGCCCCUCCCAACUUGUGUGGCACCUCCCAUGCCAUUGUGGGACUCAUGGCCAAUGUGGGCGGCUUUCUGGCUGGGUUGCCCUUCAGCACCAUUGCGAAGCAUUACAGCUGGAGCACAGCCUUCUGGGUGGCUGAAGUGAUCUGUGCAGCCAGCACAGGUGCCUUCUUCCUUCUACGAAACAUCUGCACCAAGAUGGGCCGAGUGCCCAAGAAGGCUGAGUGAAGACAGUGCAGGCUCUGGAGCAUCCUGUCCCACUUGUGGCCUCUCCCUUCCAUGGGGGUGGGGGAAGGGAGGGAGGGGACUAUCUGACUAGCACCUUUGACUUUCCCUUUCUGCUCCUUUUCCCUCAUCCAAGUGGCGCUGGAAGUUAUCAGUGGCUAAUGAGGUCCCAGCUUCCCAUCUGAUCUCUAUUUAAAAGACCACCUUUGUUCUUGGACUCCAUUAGCUCCUAUUUCCUGGCUUCAAAGAGGAAACCCCUGCACUCAGGGAGUCUCCUGUAUCCUUCUCCCUCUCUUGGGCCCUGCCCUGUCCCCAUCCCACCCCAUCCUCACCUGAGGUGAGGCUCCUCCUGCAGCAGCAGGGCAGCAAUGGCCCAGGACUUCUGCCCUGAGGCCUCUCAGCAGGGGGCAACUGCUCCUGCCAAUACCUUGGACUCCAGGGGAAAAGGGUCACUCUCACCAAUACCCAGGGUACAGUAGGGGGGUAUGGAUGGGAGAGUAGGAAGACUUGUUAUAGAAAAUUAAAACUAGAUUUGAUACUAAA